AUAAACUAAAAAUCGCUAAUUAUUGCUACUCGUUUUUUCCGCUCAUACUAUUACCCAAAUAAAUAAAAAAACGCAAGAUUGCUAACAUUGCAUAUGGUGUACCGUUACUUUUGACAUUUCUGUCUGAAUUUGGAGAAAAUUAAAUUUUAAGCUUUAUUAAUUGAUAUUGAAAAAUAUUUACGCAUUUUAAAUAUGGAAAAACGUAAAUCUGUUAAUGAAAGAUUAAAAAAUGUAAAAUUACAGAGUAAUGUUAAUAAAACUGCGCCUGGAGUAAAAGCCAAGGCAAACGAAGAAACUAAUUUAGAAGAGUAUCCCAAAUUAAGAAAACCCAAACCGGCUACUUUACUAAAAAUACAAGCGAGACAGAAAAAAACUAACGAUUUAGCUAUAAAGGCGACAGUAAAAGAUUUGGAAACUGCAGACGAAAAACAUGUGCAAGUGCCUUUGCGCCAGGAAUUUCUCGAUAAGAAACAACAACUGGAAAAGGCUACUACGAAUUUAUUGAAAAAAUAUGAAAUGCGUAAGAUACAAGGUCGUCUUCUAGAUGAUGAUAUGUGUAGUUUAGACUCCGAAGAGGCACAGCCUUUAACACUACACCAGGAACUCGAUUUACAAUUUAAUGAUCUAAAAUUAAAGGAUAAUGAGAACCAAAUAACUAAUGUCAAAAAUAACAAAGAAUUAAACUUUCUCGAACAACAUUUGGUUAACAUUUUAUAUACAAAAGUACAAGCUCAUCCAAAUGGUUUCUUUGCGGAAAAUCUUCCUUUAUGGUAUAAGAAAACCUUCGAUAAGGAUAUAGCUAAAGAUUGGCUAGAACUGAUGGAAAGAUCACGUAAAUUUUAUAUAGAAAAAGUACAAAACAAGACUGUGCUAUAUAGCAAGGAAGUGGAAGAGGAAUUUACAUAUAUAAAAGCUUCUGGAGACAUGGCGGAAGCACCCGAGACAGAAAAGGAGUCUACGGUAGGUUUUGUACGUUAUAAACAUUUGCAGAAAUAUAUAAAGAACGCUGGUCGUGUUGAAAAUAAAGCAAAUGAUAAUUUCAUAAAGCCAAGUGAUAGAUUAAAUAAGCUAACGUCAAAUAAAAAAUAUAAUUUGGUUAAAAAAUAAUUUAAAAUUAAAAAAAUCGGUUUUAAACUAUUUGCCAUAGAAAAAUGUAUAAUUUAAAAAUCUGUUUUUUAAUAAAUGAUUUAAUGUGAUUGAUGUAAAUUUUGUUUUUUUGCGACUGUUUGCUACCAUUUAUUUUCACAUUCCUUUAUAUAGCUGUUAAAUUAAUAAAAAACUUGGCAUCACUUUUUAAAA